AAUUUUUCAAAAAUUCUGAACGCACUCAAAUUUUUAUGAUUGACAAUAUUUUUGUACAAACGUCAAAUGGAGUCCGUGUCCGUGCAUGUAUUUUUAUUCGGCGCGACAAUUGAUCAAACUUGUUUUAUUUGUGAUUAUACCUUAUCUUCAUGUAAUAAAAUACACGUUUCGAACACUAAAAUAAAGUAAAUCGUAUUUAUUGUGUAUUGUGGUUAGAUAUGUGUUAUUAGUGGAAUAAUGAGACGAGGUCACUCAGGCAUCGGAGGAUGGCGAAGUGAAAAUCCAAACCAUUUUAGGCCCAGGAACAGCGGGCCCCCUCGAUAUAGACCCCCUAGAAGUUUUGGCAUCUUAGAGACCCCCCGAUUCCCGCCACCCAAUCCGCGUUUGCACCAUAGAGGUGGACAUCCUUUCAAUACUCACUUAGGCCAUCCCGAUGAUCAUCUACGACAAGACUACCACGAUAGACACAAACUAAACAGAGAUGGCCAUCAUCAUGUCAAUCAGAGAUUGCCAGAUAGAGGGCUUCCACACCCUCGACCAAGACUCAUGCAUCCACACUUAAGUACUAAUAUAAGGCAAAAACACAGUGACCAAUUGAGUCUAUAUCAAGACCCUUCUACCUUCUAUAAUGAUGUGCAUCCUGAGCCUUUUCACAUUAAUAGUAUGGGUGAUGUGGACCACAGACAGCUACCUAGCCUUUUGUCACACCCUCAGGAUUCAUACAAACAACAGAGAAUAUCUCAGUGGAUUAAUCCAUCCUAUGAUAACAGAAAGCAUCACUUUGAAGAGAGAAGUCCACAAAAAACAUUCAGACAACAAGACAGUGCUGAGGCCAGUAAAAUACCUGUGUUAGACUAUGGCGGACACAGACCACCCUCAUCAGAUCAUUACGGCAGCACAUCUGGACCAAAUACCAAUAACAACAAUACCUCAUUUAGUCGCUCAGUUGAUGACACUGUAGAUAUUAUCAGGAAAAGGUUACUGAAUCGCAAUGAGCCCCAAAGUAUACCGCAACAUGCUUCUGACCUUCCAAGUAACAAUGAACAAGAGGUCACAGAAAAUGUAAAUCAACACACUCAACAGGAACAACCAACAAAAAAGCGAACACCAAAACAAAGACACAAUAUAAAAUCAAAUUGUGAUAAAAUGAAGACCAAUAUUGUUCAUCAACUGUUUAAGAUGGACAAAGAUAAAAUGCAUAAAUUAAUGGAUGACCCAGGCUCCUCAACUAAGUUUGAGUAUGCCAUCAGUAGCUUGAUAACAGAGUCACAAAAUAGUUUGAAUCGUCACCUGAGAUCUGUAGCUGAGAAAUCAUUGUACAGUACUGGUACAGACUUCAUUCAUAAUGAUAAUAACACAAUUUAUGAAGAUACCUUUAUGAAACAGAUGCAGUGUCUUUUAGAUCCACAAGAUACGGUCUUACUAGAGGAUAUUAAGCCAAUUGUGAUGGCUGAAUUGAGCAAGGUUUUGCAGUUAGAUGAUUUUGAACAAAGGUUUGAUACACCAGAAGAUCACAGUGUGCAUCAGUCAAGAGACGAUCAAUCAAACUAUCCUUAUUUUGACUCAUACAAUUAUAAUGAUUAUCCACAAGACAAGAAUUAUGAUCAGGAACAAAUUCCAACUUAUAAUAAUGAUAAUCUAAAAACAAUCAGUGUAACUGAUGAGGUUGAUAACAGCUAUAAUUAUGAUCGUAAACCAGUUUACGAAGAACCACAGCGUCUUUUUGAAAGACGUCCUGCCCGGUCACAGAGUAUUCAGAGUGAAGACAGAAGGAGAAGUAAUGACAGUCAACAGCAACGGCGCAGUAUUGAUAAUUCUGCUGAAGAUCCAUUUAAAAGUCAACAGGAUGAACCUUUGCCUCUCUUUGACACUAAUAAUAUGGAUCAAGUGUCUGAGGAUGAAGAUACAUUUGCAGAACUAGACAGACAGUACCAUGUUGCUGUUGAUCCAAAUUUUUUGGAAAAUGAUGACCUUUCCUCAAGAGGUACACCAACUACACUUCUGCCCCUACAAAAAGAGUCUACAAAUAUCAAAAAAGAAAAUGACAGUGCAGAGGAAGCAAAUUGUAUAGCAAUGAAUUUAUUUUCAGAAAGUAGUAGAGGUAGGGAAACACUCCAAGAAAUAUCCAAAUUUAUUAAACAGGAAGGUGCUGCUUCACUAGAUUUUUCAAAAGAAAAUACUACACCUGUGAACACUGAUGGCCAAAGAGUUGAACACAUCAACAUUCAUCAUGAACAUGUCACUAAACCUAAGGAAGCAAGUAAAGAUACUGAUAAAUCCAGUAACUCGAAUAUAAUCAAGACUCCUUCAUCAAAUUCUCGUAAAAGGUCGACAGAUCAGAGACCAUCUCACCGAAAAGAAAAGCGUAAGAAACGAUCAUCCAGCCAGUCUGAUUCCAUCAAAACGCCAUUAGAAGUAAAUGUAUAUAAUGCUUCAGCCAAAUCUUCGGAAAAGUGCAAUGUUACCCCAAAGCCCUAUUUUAGUUUGUUUUUACCUAAGGAUGAUAAUAUUAAGGAUUCAUCUAUAGACAAAAAACUGAACAAUUCAGAUAAAAGUUACUCUGACAAGUAUGUCAAAAGGAAAGAACACUCCAAGAAGCCAAAAGGUAAAGAAACAGAAGAACCUCGAAGAAAAAGACAUUCAAGCUCAUCUCAUCCACCUAUUCUAAGUCCAAAAGAUAGUAUUAAUUCAAGCAGUCACACCCCAACAAAAUCAGAUGCUAAAACGAAACUCAAGACUAUUGACAUGUUUGUCGAGAAGCCAAAAAAGCCGUCAAUACAUCAUCAAGCGCACAGAAAUACUGCAACAACUGUAACACCUACUAAACCCACUGCUGAGGAAGGAAAACCCAAGCAGGUAACUACUCCGGUUCGUAAUAAGGCACCUCUGCUAAAAGAUACAGAAAUAGUCAAGAAGUUUGUUACUAAGGAAACUCAGACAAAUCAAAGCAAUGUCUUAACCUCUAGGUUUUGCCAAACAGACAGUAAAAAAUUUGCUUCAAAAUUAAUACAGACAGAACCUAUUACAAAUACUGAGGCUGCCAAACACAGGUCUACUGACGCUUUUGAAAGAAUGAAAGAAAUCGACUUGGAAAUUCAAGUAUUGUUGCAAGAGAAGUUUAAAAUCUACAGCUCUUUGGAAUCCAAAGAUUCACAUCCAAUCACAAUACCCACUUUAGGUAUGACAGUGUUAAACGUAACUCCUAAUGAAGGUGAAACUAUUACAUCUAUGGCAGAAAACAUGACCGACAUGACAACAAUGACUGUAGAUGUUAUGUCUGCAGAUGCUAUAGUCGAAGAGUUCACCAGUAUGCCUGUUGAAGAACUAGAGGAAAUAGCCCUCGAGUCUGUUGAAGAACAAUUCGAGUCGACAAAAAUGGAAACGAGAAGACUAAGACAAAAAGUAUUACAACAAGAGCGGAAUAGUUCUGAAAGCCCUACUUGUAGUAGGAGGCAAAAGAAAAAUUCCAAGCCUCCAAACAUAUCACUCAUCGAACAAAUAAUUACGGAUGACAGACCGCUAGAAGACAUCAUAUCUUUAGACGAUCUAGAGGAACUUCCUUCGAAAACUAAGAAGAAAGCUCCAAAGUCUCAGCCAAAGAAGAAGAACGCCAAGAAAGGAAAACCUGUAAAAAAUACUAAUGUAAGCAUGUAUGAUAUAAAAGACUGCUCAGUUGUACUUGUACGAACUGACGUAAAUAAACUUUUUAGCGAACAUUCCCAGUCUUCUGAAUCAUCUGAAGUAAGUCAGAAUACAGUAGAGAGGGUAUCUCCAGAAGUAACUGUAAAGCCUCAACCAAAUCCAGCAGUCGAGGAGUCAGUUGUAAAUGAUCUUCAGUUUGAUAUGUUAGAUGUGUCUGAGGAUAUAGUUAUUGAGGAUAGUGAGACGAAGGGCGGCGAGGACAAGGAGCAUGACCGGGUGGUUAUAAGUGAGGAAAUAAUACUCGAUAACAGUCAGUCGUCGGCUGACGACGUGUUCACCUCAGAGGCGAGUCAGUCGGAAAAUGAGUGCAAAACUUAUGAUUACUCGACCGAUGAGAAGUUGCGGCGGGAUUCAGUCACCGUCACAGGGAACGCUGAUGCUGUGCUGGCGAUAGAGUGUAUAGAGAAUGAUUUUAUCGCGGCCUGUCUGGACGGCAAUGUUUACCACUUCAGUAAUGAUGGGCAGCUACUGAACACUUUGCGAGGCUCGAAUCUGGCAGUUACUUGCUUGACUAUUGUUAAGGAAAAGUAUGGGACCACAGUGUACACAGGGUCGCUCGACUCCAGGAUACGAUAUUAUGAUUUGGAGACGGGUUUAGAAAAGGGACCGGAGUGCAAUGUUCUUAGUCCGAUACAGACGAUGGACCGCGCGUGGGAUACUGUCUUUGUGGGUACACGGACUGGAUUUGUACUGCAGUUUGAAUGCAAGAAUAACAUGUUAAUACCAGUUAGUACAGUGAAAUUCUCUGAACAAUCUAUCCUCGCACUUCGGGCUAUAAAAGAAGGACCAAGGAAAGUACUUCUAGUCGCCGCACGGUCGGAAAACGUGACGAUCAAGGACGCUCAGACCGGCCUCCUGUUGCGGACACUAUGUGGACCAAAGAUGACUGUUUAUACUCUGUUGUUUGAAGAUGGGAAGGUGUUCUGUGGGACCAGCAGCCAUCAGAUACAUGUGUUCGAUUAUGCUAGCGGCGCGCACACAGGCUGCCAUGAAGGCGGUAAGGGCGCGGUGUGCCUGCGCGCGACGGGCGGGCUGCUGUUCGCGGGCUGUUACGACGGCUGCGUGUACGUGUACCGCGAGGGCGACACGCGGCCUCUUGCGCAGCUGCGCGGGCCUAGUCUCAUGCUCCUAUCACUCGCUGUCGUAGGCAGUAAGAUUAUCGCGGGUUAUAAAGACAGGAGCUUGUACAUAUGGAAAAUACCUUUAAGUAUAUUGCAAGAAAUGAUUUUAUAAAUCUCUACAUAGUGUUGUAGAUCAAAUCUCAUUACUUUACAUUAAUAGAUGUCUAUAUUCCUCGAUUCACUGAUGUCGGUCAAUAUGUGUAUAUAAUAAAAUAAAAUAAUUUAGUUACUAA